UCUUCCCAAUUCCACGCAUAUUCUUCCCGGUCGGACUGACCCACGUAUAUAUAUAUACCUGCGUAUGUGUAGGCAUUUGCUUCCCCAUUUCUCUUUCAGCGAAAGAUAGGGUUUCGGGUCUCCCGAAUCACCUUCAAAUUCAAAGAUUGAUCUGCUGUACUUUCUUACAUUUCCUUAACAUUCUCUCAGUGUAGUUCCAUUGAUCUUUUGUUUUAUAUAUUUAUUAAAAUACACAAGUUGGAUGCAUCUGGGCUGUACUUAAUUGCAUCUGGAAAAUGCCUUGGAAUGCUGGAGAAUUAGGGUUCCACUCGAUUCGUUCUUUUUCAAAUUCUUUGUCAAAAAAUGUGAUCUUUCUGUUGUGGGUGGAUGAUUCUUUGUGGAGCUGUUGAUGAGUUGAUAGUACUUUUUGCAAAUUUCAAUUGUUCACAGUUGUGUGUACCCAUAACGGUAGAAUACUCUUUAUCUGUCAUUGAGGCAUUAUUGGUGAAUGUUGAUUUAAACUGGUAAAAUUCUUGUUAGGUUUUCUUUUGGAAGUUAAAUCUGAAGUUUCUGUUAAUUUUGUGUUUCUUUGUUGGAUAUGUCCUUAAUUUUAUGGUUAUGUUGUGUGUGACAAAAAGAUUUCGUGAGACAUCUGGCUAUACGAGUCAGAAAAGGCUUGUUGUCUGUUUGUUUAGUUUCUAAAGAUGAAGAGAUUGAAAGGCGAGUCUUCAAGUGCAAAGAGAUUCAAAUUAUCAUAUUUUUUGUUGGGUAUAGCUGCAUUAUACUUGAUUCUUAUCUGCCUGAAGUUCCACGAGUUUUUUGAGACUGCAGAAGUUUUUAGUGGCCAUGAUAGUGAUUUGGGUAGAGAUGACUUGUCCAUUGGGGAUGAUGAGGAUGAAAAAAUAAGUAAAUCACGUCAGAAUUCUGUUUCUAUGGAUGGAUUUCACCGAAUAUUACAAAAUAACGAGAAUCAAGAUGCUUCUGUAAAGCCUCGACAGGAUGCCUCACCGGAGGAAAAGGAUGGUGCUCGAAGCAUAAAGCUUAUUCAACAUCAAUAUGGUCGAAUAACUGCUGGAAUUUUCGGGAGAAUGAAUAAGACAGCUAAAUUCUCUGUGAUGGAGCAAAUGGCAGAUGAGGCUUGGACCUUAGGCUCGAAGGCCUGGGAGGAAGUAGAUAAAUAUGAUGAAAAGGAGAUUAAAAUGGGUGCUAUGUCAAAGGGGAAGCCCGAGUCAUGUCCUUCAUGGGUUUCGAUGCAAGGAGAUGAAUUAACUGAGAGAGAUCACAUCAUGUUCCUUCCAUGCGGUCUUGCUGCAGGUUCAUCGAUCACAGUGAUUGGAACUCCACGUUAUGCUCAUAAGGAAUAUGUGCCGCAGCUUGCCAAAUUGAGGUUGGAUGGUGCUACAGUACUGGUUUCCCAGUUUAUGAUUGAACUUCAAGGAUUAAAGUCUGUAGAUGGGGAAGAUCCACCAAAGAUUUUGCAUUUGAAUCCUCGAUUGAGAGGUGAUUGGAGCCACCGACCCGUAAUUGAGCACAAUACCUGCUAUAGAAUGCAAUGGGGGACAGCUCAAAGGUGUGAUGGUUUGCCAUCCAAGAAUGAAGAUGACAUGUUAGUGGAUGGAUACUUGCGGUGUGAAAAAUGGAUGAGGAACGAUAUUAUUGACGCAAAAGAGUCCAAAUUAUUUUCAUGGUUUGAUAGGUUCAUAGGACGUGCAAAGAAACCCGAAGUAACCUGGCCAUUUCCAUUUGUAGAGGGCAGAAUGUUUGUUCUGACUAUUCGUGCUGGUGUUGAUGGAUACCACAUGAAUGCUGGAGGCCGGCAUGUGACCUCGUUUCCAUAUCGGACGGGGUUCACAUUGGAAGAUGCAACUGGAUUGGCAAUCAAAGGUGACAUCGAUGUUCAUUCAGUAUAUGCUACCUCUCUGCCAACCUCUCAUCCUAGUUUUUCAACCAAAAGAGUAUUAGAGUUCUUGGAGAAAUGGAAAUCUCAUCCUGUACCCCAGAAUCGCAUUCAACUUUUUGUUGGGGUUCUCUCUGCCACCAAUCAUUUUGCAGAACGAAUGGCGAUAAGAAAGACAUGGAUGCAAUCUUCGGCUAUCAAGUCCUCUAAAGUAGCAGUCCGCUUUUUUGUUGCACUAAAUCCGAGGAAGGAGGUGAAUGCAAUACUGAAGAAAGAGGCUGCUUACUUCGGUGAUAUUGUAAUUUUGCCAUUCAUGGAUCGAUAUGAGCUUGUGGUUCUUAAAACUAUUGCCAUUUGUGAGUUUGGGGUUCAAAAUGUCACAGCUGCUCACAUUAUGAAAUGUGACGAUGACACUUUUAUUAGGGUGGAUACUGUCCUAAAAGAAAUUGAAGCCAUGCCUUCUUCAAGGCCUUUGUACAUGGGCAAUCUCAAUCUCCAUCACCGGCCUCUUAGAAAUGGGAAAUGGGCCGUGACCUAUGAGGAAUGGCCAGAAGAAAUUUAUCCUCCCUAUGCCAAUGGCCCUGGUUAUAUAAUAUCCAGCGACAUCGCCAAUUACAUUGUAUCCCAGCAUGCAAAUCGGAACCUCUGGCUAUUUAAAAUGGAGGAUGUUAGCAUGGGAAUGUGGGUUGAGAAGUUCAACAGUACGAAAAAAGUUCAGUACACUCAUAACUUGAAAUUUUGUCAGUAUGGGUGCGUGGAAAACUAUUACACCGCGCAUUACCAAUCACCAAGACAAAUGAUCUGUUUGUGGGAUAAUCUGAGUAAGGCUCGAGCUCGUUGCUGCAAUUUUUAAACAAAUAGAGAGUUUUGGUACGAAGAUGAUCAAGUUCAUGUUGUACCUCUUGCUAUCCCUUUCAUAGUGAAAUUUCGUCCAUAAAUGCGGAUGAAAAUGCUUUUAUCAAUGCGAGGUUUGUGAAGAAUGGAGCUAAUGCCCCAAGCUUGACAGCAAUGACAAUGUUGUAUAGGAUUCCUGCUACCCUGGAGUUGGACGCCAUUGACAAAAGUUUAGUUUAUAUACAAGUUUUUGUUGGGGAAUUUGCUCUUACAAUCCUGUUCAGUGUUGCAUCUAAGAAUUGUGUGAUUAGUUCUUC